UCUAAAACGUGUUUCAUGCCUUAUGGAUCCUGAGGUUGGUCCUGUGCUCUAUCGAAACGCGGAUUUGAUUUACAUUCAGUUAAAUUCGAGCAGCAAUCAUGUCUACAGGCAAGAAAGGAAAGAAGAAGAAGUGCAAAACCCUAGAUUUAAUGGCAUUUUUGGCUGAUGGGGGUACAACACCCACUGUGCCAAUAAAACCAUUGACCAAUUGGGCAGAUGAUACAGAAGAGGAACAUGAAGGAUAUACAUCGAGAAGCAGCAAAGAACCUGUAGUCCUACCCACUGCUCCAAGAGCUGCAAGAGAUCCAAGAGGUCUUGAUGACGAUGUCCCAACCAAUCCUCCUUAUGUAGCAUCACUUUCUAAUCUUCCUUAUGAAGUGGAUGAAGCAUAUCUAGCAGAAUUUUUUUCGGAUAUGAAGAUCGCUAAUAUACGUCUACCAAAAGAUUCAACUAAACUCAAAGGAUAUGGAUAUAUUGAAUUUGAAGAUCGUCAGAGUUUAAUUGAUGCUCUUAAUUUACCCAAUACCUCUAUGAAAACAAGAAGAGUACGGAUCGAUGUUUUAAAUAGCUCUAACGAUGAUCGUCGCGGCGGACGUAUGGGUAGAGAUAAUCGUAGAGAUACUUAUGAUGAUCCCGAGCGUACGUCUGGAGAUUGGAGGAGCGGUCCAAGGGACAGUGUACCCGCUGAUGGAGAUUCGUAUAGAAGCCGGUACGAUAACAGGGACAGAGACAGAAGAGAUGAUCGUGACGGCUCCGAUUAUGAUAACAAACCCGGUGGGUGGCGUGAAAACAACGAUAGAGGAAGACCGCCAAUGCGUGACAGAGGUGGUUUCAGAGACGAUGACAAAGACAGAGAUAGAGAUGGAGACAGAAGGGGCGGUUUUGGAUCCCGUCGUAAUUAUGGCGAUGCCGAAUAUGAUCGAGAUGGUCAGCGUAAGCAAACAAAAUUACCACCGCCUAUGGACAGUAAACCUGAUUCAAGAAGUAGGCCGAAACUGCAAUUACAACCCCGUACAAAACCUGUAGAAGCUGGUGCUGUAAAAGAAGAUCAACCUAUAAGAGAGGGUUCUUCAUCUACUCCUGCUCCGGCUACCACUCAGGCUUCUACACAUUCUCCUGCAGCUACACCUACUUCUACUCCUGCUCCAGCUUCUGCUCCUGCUCCUGCUCCUGCUCCUGCUCCUGCAUCUACUCCGUCAACCAAUAUAUUCGGUGCAGCAAAACCAGUGGAUACCACAGCCAGGGACAGAGAGAUAGAAGAACGUCUGGCUAAAUUGUAUUCAGAACCGAAAUUCAGGGAUGAAGGUGAUCCAGAGAAACGUGGUAAAGAUAGCACUUGGGGCAGGCGUAACGGAGAAGGUCGUGAAGAUAGAGAAAAGGAUAGAGGUGGUCGACUAACUUGGCGAAAUGAUGACGACAGAGGUCGACGAAGUGAAAGACCAGCACCACAAAGUCAGCCCGCUCAUUCUGAUCAAUAUGCGGACUCUAGAGGUUCACUUCCCUUUCGCAGUGGACCCCCACCGAAGGGACCCCAAAGAUCAAACGAUACUCGUGGUUCAGAUAGAGACCGAAAAGACAGAGAAAAAGAUGAUGUCAGCAGAAUGUCAAAGACAAAAGAUGAUCAAGCUCCAAAUUUCGUAGCUUCCAACAAGUAUUCCAUGCUACAUGAUGAUGUGGACCCCGACAAUAUUGAUGAUUAAUUCUGAUCAUUGUAUGUCAUCAAUGAAAUUGUGCCACACGCAUCAUAAAUUGGUCUAUAUAUGCAUAUUAUUAAUUUGUUUUAUCUCUAUUAAAAGAUACUUAUCGAAUUGAUUCUUGAAUCAAAUACUAAGCUCUUGCUAUUACUUUACAGGAAUUAUUGUUGAUUUGUAUUUAAUCUAUUUUAUUAUUCAUAAUAUAAUUAUCUGUCUACAUAUGUA